AUGAUCGGGUAUGAAAAAGAGCUUCCCAGAAAGGCAGAGUCUCUUAGAGCAUGGGUUCCCAAAGUGGGGGUCAGGAGAUGGGGGUCGUGGGAUGCAGAGGCUGAUAGUUGCACUGAACUGACCGUCAUCCUCAAGAAGUACUACCUCUGCCCUAUGUACGCCCUGGAGUUUACCUUGGGUUUCCUGGGCAACCUAGUGGUCGUCCUGGGUUACCCGCUGUGCCUGCAGGAAUGGCGGAGUACCAACGUCUACCUGUACAACCUGGCGGUGUCCGACAUCAUCUGUGUGUGCGCUCUGCCGCGCCUCUCCUACCUGUACGCCAACGACAUGACGGAGACAUCGUCCGUCAGCUGUGUUCUCAACCGCUACAUCCUCUUCGUCAACAUGUACGCCAGCAUCCUCUUCAUGGCUCUGGUCAGCCUGGACCGCUACCUGCUGCUCCUCCAUCCGCAGCGCACCAACACACUGCUCUCUCUCCGAGGAGCUGUCUCGGCCUGCCUGGUCACCUGGGUCGCCGUCCAUCUCAUGAUUAGCCCCCUUCUCCACUACACGGUCAGGAGCCUGGCGGACAACAACUACACGGUGUGCAUGGACUUCGCGAGUAUGUCGAAGACCUGGGGGUUCCUGGGCUACAGUCUGAGUCUGACAUGUUGUGGGUACGUCCUGCCCCUGGUGUCUCUCUUUGUGUCUACGCACAAGAUUGCCUCGUUGCUGAGGGUGUUUGUGCAACGGGUGAAGUCUUUCAGGAGGCCCUUGCGUAUCGUGCAGGUGGCAGCAUAUAUGUUCCUGCUGCUAAACCUGCCCUACUACGUCAUGAAGAAUGUGAGGAUCCUGUCGCGACUCGUAGCUGGGCUGUCAGACUGUGCCAUUGUCCGAAUUGAAGCCUUGUACAUUGUGACGAGGCCAAUGGCUUACAUGCACACUGUCAUCGACCCUGUGUUCUACUUUCUUAUGACGGAGCGUUUCCGUGAGCUGUUGCUGGCCAGGUUUCACCUGCUGAGAAGAAUCAUAAGGUCAUCCAUCCAGACCACGGAACAGUAG